AUGAAUAGAAAAAUAAGUGUUCUCUUUGGGGGAAAAAACAGAAUAGCACACGAGUAUUUGUGGCGAAGUAAGAAUAUUUCAGAGAUGGACGCAGAAAAUAAUCUAGAGAGUCCAGAGCAAGAGAUCGAGCUCUUGGAAGAUGAUUUUGUAGAAGUGGUAGAUUUAGAUGGUGACGAUGAAGUAGAGGAAGGUACUACUGUUAUAUCGAUGAAGACUUCACAGUCUCUUGAAAAUCUCCACACGUGUUUUGCUAGCAUGUCAGUAUAGAUUCCCGAUUUGUAAUAACCAACUCUAGCAUCAUAAAUAGAAAGUUGUGAACUCAAACGACAACCCUAUAUAUUACAAGCGAAAGUUAAAAACUCUCAAGACCCCUGCUUAUUUGCUCGUAAGUGCCAAGAUAAGAACGUCAGGUAUUGCAUCAAAGUGACGUCCGUAAGCUGAUAAGUUUGCAUUUUCUCAUUACCUUGUUUCUCUACUGGACGAUCUCUUUGAUUUUUUGGGAGAAAUCAUUUGUUAAUCACUUCUGGCUCUGGCACUGGAAGGGUUUAAGUACCUUAAGGUGGUUUUCUUGUUCAAUUAGAUACCCCUUCUGUUUUUCCAACCCCCCCCGCCCCCUCCCUCCCUCAGCAGCGGUUUAUGCAGAUUAUGUUUGCUGCCUUGUCGUUUUAGUAUAGAAAUUUCAACUGAGUGUUGUAGAUAAUCUUGAAUCUCCAAUCAUUUUUGUUGUUGUUUCCUGGACUCCCUGAUUACACUAGAAAACUUGCACCAGCUUCUUAAUCAACCACAUGCAAAACUAAAACUAACUGUGAUGUGAUCAAGUAUUUUUUCACCCCUCAGGUGAUUCACCUAUGUUUACACUUACUCCUGGUUAGUUCCUUGUGAUAUUUUUCUUCAUUCUGGUGGGCUGUUGUGAUUAGUUUGACAUUUGGCCUUAUUCAGCCAAAAUGUGUGCUGAUCAAUUCCCUGCCCACAGUAUAACUCGGAGUAUAACAUCUCAAAACAACCGAUGUUUUAGUCAACUGGCUUCAAAUACCUCUCUAAUCCUUUACACCCUAACAUCAGUAUGCAAACUUUCUAUACUAUUCUUGAUAAAUUUUCUGAGGUGCUGUCACAUGGAGAAUUUGUUUAACAAUCAAGAGCUUCUUUAGUUGGUGAUCAUUUCCUUUAUUCUCAUAACCUAAAUGUGUGAUUCAGGGAUGAUAUUGUAAGGAGAAAUUAGGUGCUAAUCACCCUCAGGGGUUCAGGGGUUAAAGGGUUAACAAAUUAUACUUCCAGAUGGACUUGCAAUUGGAAUGGAGGAUGUUGGUUUCACAGAUGACAUGAAUGAUCAAGAUGGUGAAAGUGUUGGUAUGGCUGAAAAAGAUGAUGCAGACUUGAGCUUCCAAAAGCAUACUGGUGAUUAUUACAGUUAUAAUGUUAAGCAAAUUUUAUCAGCCACUAUAUCUUGCCAUCAGGAAAACAUAAGGGCUGCAAUCAUGUCUUUACAUCACCAAAAGUUGCUUUAAUUGUUGUUGUUUUUUUUGCCAAAGGAGUUUUUAAAUGAUUUUUACAAAUUCCUUGGGAUGAACUAGCAUUCCAUCCAAGGGGGAGUAGUGAUACUCCUGGUCGCUUAUUUAUGUUAAGGAAACUGGGUAAAAUCCAGCAGGGUGGGCCAAUUGACUCCAGUACAGACUUAAGUUUACUUUUUCUUCAUCAGCUUCUAUCUUCUCAGUGGCAAUUGAACCAGUGAAUAGUUCUGUGGCAGUUUCUGGUGGAGAAGAUGACAAGGCUUACAUUUGGCAAAUAAAAGAUGGACAGACAAUUUUUGAGUGCCAUGGUAAAUAGAAACUUGUGAUUCAGUGGAACUGAACAUAAUAGAUUAAUUGUUAAUUUUUUCAUUAAAUGUAAUUAUGAUGUUAUUAGGCACCUUCAGACUUUAUUUCACAGAGUUACAACAUUUUCAUAGUUCCAAACUAAGGUAAAUCUCAAUUUGUAAUUUAAUGAUACACUAGCUAACCCUAAUAUGCAUUUGUUAUAAAUUUUUUUGCCUUACUUUUAGCUAUAGUUAUGAAUCUAACACCAUAUUUUUUGUCAUAAAGUUAUUCUUAGAAUUUUAAACUUAGUCUCAUUACUUUAUCUGUCUUUUUUUGGGAAAGGUGUUGGCAUGCUCCUCUAUAAAUUACUAACUCAGUAUGUACCUCUAACACUUGUCUAAAGUUUACCCACAGCAAUCAUUCAAAAUGAAGUUAGUUUUGUAUCCUAUGUUCUGGACUAGACCUUAAAAAGACCAAACAUACCUGUGGCUUCAUUCACAUUGCUUGGUUGAGCAAAACAUAAUUUCUUGUUAAUGAUUUCAUGUUGUUAGAGUGCUUAACAGUGAUUUAAAGACAGUUUUAUUGCCCUAAUUAAUUGGAUUUUUAAAUUUACUUAGUGUAUAGCAUUAUGAUAUCUUUUUUCUUAAUUUUAUUUUCACAAGGUCAUAAAGAUUCUGUGACAUGCACAGCUUUCAGUCACGAUGGGAAAUUUGUUGCCACUGGUGAUAUGAGUGGCUUCAUUAUUGUCUGGGAUGUUGCUACAAAAAAGGAAGUUUGGAGCUUUGAGGCAACAGACCUAGAGGUGAGAGGUAUAUGAUGUUAUAAUUGACUAAACUUUUUAGAACAAGCUACCGUUAAGGCUACUUGUUUUUUAAAUAAAAAAAAAUGAUUGGAAAAAUUGCUUUUAAUAGUAACUAAACUAAAAUGUUGAAGUGUCGAUCUCAGGUUGUCAAAAAUUUGUUUGUUAUUGACAGAGGUUCAUUUUUACCUAUGGCCACCUUGUGAAAAACUGUCCAAACUUUUCUUAACAGUGCAAACUCCCAAUAACUUAUGAAUCAGGGCAAGCUGGCAUUUUUGUAAACAUCCAGUCAGUCAGUCUGUCUGUCUGUCUUUUUGUUUGUUUAUCUGUCUGUCCCCUGUCCAUCUGUCUGUUAGCCAGUCAGUUAGUCAGCCAGGCUGUCUGUCUCUGUCUGUUUGUACUUCUGUCAGUUUCCUUUCAAUCCAUGCAUUAGUCUGUCUGUCUGUUCAUCUGUCUGUUCAUCUGUCCAUCCUUCUAUAUAUCCACUCACCUACCCAUCUGCCCAUCCUUCCUUGCAUUGAUCAACUGAUUCAUCCACAUUUUUUGUGUCAUUUCAACCACUGUGAGAAUUCCUUUGAAGUUGUUUUUCCUGUAAUUGUCUUGAUGUAAAUUUUCAGUGGCUAGAAUGGCACAAUGAGGCAAAUGUGCUCCUAGCCGGGACAGCAGAUGGUAAUGUGUGGAUGUGGAAAGUUCCAAGCUCAGAUUGCAAGACAUUCCAAGGUCAUGGAUGCCGAUCAACAUGUGGGAUGUUCAUGAAAGAUGGUAAAGAAAAUUAACCAGAGCAAUUCCAGUUUAGCAUUGGUCAGCAGUAAUCUGGGAUUGCUUUGGUUUUCCUUUAAAUUGCCUUUUUGUUUACUGAUUAGAUUCAGAACUUAAAACAAGAUUUACUUUUUCACUCAUCUCUCCACACCUUGAGCAGUUUGUUCUUUUAAUUAGCUCUUUUCCUGUUGAAAUGUGCUGUGUUUGACAUGUCUGGUGGCCAUGCAAUAACUAAGCUCUUUUUUUGUCAACCUUUGGACCUCAAGAACAAUUUAACUUUCUCCUGAUAAAACACUAUAGAUUAAACCAUUCACAAGGUAUUGCAAAAGAACAGAAUUGUGAUUUCCAAGAAUAAAAAAUUAUGUUCUAGUGUUCAAACUUUUUGAGAUAAUCAUCAUUUGGCUUUUUCAACAAUGAAAUAAUUGUAAUGCUUCAAGUUUUGUUGGAAAUUUGUAAUAGGUAAGCGAGCAAGUGUUGGAUAUGAGGAUGGAACUUUAAAACUCUGGGACUUACGACAAGGAAUGCAUACUUUUCAUUUAUCAGGUAAAAAUCCGAGGUACUUGUUUCAGGGACAUUUUUCAUUGAUGCACGAGUUGAUUGAGAAGGUCCUAGCUUAGAGAGACACCGAUAACAACUGCUAUGUGCUUAUUGCUGUCUGCUUUACCCUUAAUACCCUAACUUCAAGACGCAUAUUUUCCAUACAUAUUCUCUCUACAUUUCUUAUGGAGAAUUGGUAUUACAAUCAAAAGCUUCUUUAGUCAGUGAUCAUUCCCUUCAUUCUCACGACCAUGAUGUUUAAUUCAGGGGUGAGAAGGUGAGGAGAAACUAGUUUCUAGUCACUCUUAAGGGGCAAUUGGCUAAACCCUGUCACUGUAUGGAAUGACCAAGAAGGAAUUUUUCCACACAAUGUUAUUAUAUUUUCAAGCACAAAGGUGACGAGGAGAAAGAAAAGUUUCAAUUAUAGGGGAUAGUGUUUGAUCCAAAACCAAAUUCUCAGACCUAAAAUUAUCAUAAAUGUAUGGCAGAAAGUGAGGAGAAUUGAUAUUUAGAUCUCAGGAGUGAAAUGUUUAUAAUAGAGAUUGGUGGCCUGGAUCAUAUAUUGGAAAAGGCUUUACUUGUGGACACAAGAGUUCUUUUUAUGGAAUUUAAGACAAAUCAAGUAUUGUGAUAUGAAACAUUGUUCUUAAGUUAAAGCCUUUUUAAUUUGAAUAAUAAGUUUAGCAGGCAAACAACUUGUUCAGUUUCUUUUUAUAGAUGGCACAGCUCACCAGGGUUCUGUAACAUGUAUAGAUGGACAUAGAGAUAAUGUUCUUGUGGCAACAGGAUCAGAAGACUCCACUGUCAAAAUAGUCAACACAAACAGUGGGAAGGUAAAAAAGUCUUGAGUGUUUUUUCUUUUUCUGUAUAUUACACAAGACAUAGUUAAAAGGCUCAAGGGUUUAACACAGUUUCUUGCUCCUUGUUUUAACCCUUUACCUCCCAUAAGUGACUAAAAGAGAAGUUCUCCUUACAAUAUCAAUAUGAUAUCAAGCAUAGGAGUGAUGAGAAUAAAGUAAAAUGUAAAUUAAGGGAUUAUUAGUAGAUCCAAUACCAAAUUCUCCAAUUGGACAUCAUAAGAAUUGUAUGGCAGACAGUAAGGAGAAUUACUAAUGAGAUCUUGGGAGUUAAAGGGUUUACAUAGCUGUUGAUGAGUAAUCCUUCAAAUAGUUUUAAAUAUUUUUAGGAUUGCUUAAAAAUACCCUGGAAGAAAUUUUGUACAAUAACCAUUUCCUAGUUAUGAAUGGAAUUGAAUGCAUAAAUUACAAGUAAUUGGUAAAGAUAUGUGAAUUGAUUCCAUUCAACAUUUUCUUGAAGGUUUAUGCAAGGUUUGUAUAAUAACUGUGGUAUUUGAACUGAAUAGUGUCCAGUUUUGCAUGUAAUCUAGGGAAACAACAUGGUAUCUAUACUAACCUGGCUCUCUUAAAAUUGUGAUUUGCCUUCCUCUUUUAUAUUCAUGACAUACAUACUGCAUGUCAUGCAUACUCUUUGACAGCCCUGGAAGCACCAUGAGAGGUUAAGAUCUUGUUAAGAACACAGCUUUUCGACCUUGGCUACAGACUUUUCAGUAAGAUACCAGUAAGCCAGCCUUUAAUUACUUAUAAGUGACUGUAUGCCUUGCUGCUAAGAGUAGCCUGCAAAAUGGGGCUGUUUUUGUUUGCCUUGUUGUUUUCUUUGAUCUAAUUAUUUCGUCAAUCUGUUUUUUUCCCUCAGGUACUGAGUACUUUGGCUGCAUGUUUUCAAUCCGAGAAUGACAGUGACCCACCUCCAUCUAUUGAAGCUGUUGGAUUCUCUCCCCAGUAAGAAUUUGAAUUAUCAAAAGUAUGAAUUCAUUUCUUGGAAGUACUGAUUCGAGAUUUGACAGAAGCAACCACUUGAACCUCAAAAUAUGUUAUUGAGGGAUUGGAUUGACUGUGGCUGUCACUGUGGUGAUUGAGGCAGUCUUUGUCAAAGUUUUCGUCAUCAUUUCUAUUAUUACCUUUCUUUAAGGCAAUUCAAAAUUUAUUCAUAACUUGAUAGAGAGUAGCUGAGUAGAGUGGGGGGGAGGAGUCUUAAUCCCAUUUCUCACACAAAUUUAAAAAAACCAAUGCAUCACAUUAUACUUCGUCUCACAGUAUUUCAUGUUACAAAUUUAAAAGGGACAGUUUCUUUAAAAUUCACUUGACGUUAAUUUUGGUCUUAAUCGUGUGCAUGUAUAACUCUUUGCCACCUCCAUGCCAGAGAAGGCAUUGAUUAUUGCAAGUUGUUUUUCAGUGCUUUAUUUUGUGUUUAUCAUGACUUGUCCACAGGCAACCCAUGCUAGCAACAGCAUCAUUAAGUGGGGUCCUUGGGGUGUGGGAUUUGUCAUCAUACAGGCUUCGUCAGGAGUGUAAACAUCCGGUGAGUUAAAAGAAUUUUUAUCCUUUCACUCCAAAACUCCAAUCAGUAAUUCUCCCUACUGACAGCCAUACAUUUCAUUGUAAAUGAGACAGGAGAAUUUGGUAUUUUCUCGAGAUAAAAGCCUAAAGUGGAUGAGCUUGUCUUGAUUUGAAAAACAUAUUAAGCUUUAUUUGCACCAUUAGGGAGGGAUAGUGCGAUUGAAGUGGGAUGCUGCAACACCUCUAAUAUAUACUGGAUGUCUGGAUGGUGUAGUGCGUCUAUGGGACAGUCGAUCAGGAAAUUGUGAACGAGAGUGGUAUGGUCACAAUGGGGAAAUACUGGAUCUCGCUGUGGCCAGGUAAUACAAUCUCUUUGGUUUACAAAUCAUGUUUCUGUAGACCCUUCCUCGACAUCUAUGUCUCAUAGUCAAUAAUGUAAGAUUAUUUUGAUAGAUUUGCAAACUUUGCUCUUGGGUUAUAACUGAUAUGGACGUAGUUGAAAUCAGUUCACCCCAAAAAGUUACAUCUUUACACCCUAACAUAUGUGUGCAUUUUCUUCAUACUGUUCUCUGUACACUUCCCAAGGUGCUGACAAGGAGAAUUUGUUUAUCAAAUCAGAGAAUCUUUAAUUGGUGAUCAUUUCCUUUAUUCUUGAUUAGAACAUCUGACUGCUAGAGAACAGAAAAUUGACUUUUCGCUGAAAUUCAAAGUUUUUUUCCUUUUUCCUGGACAAUUAAUACUGCAGCUCUUUAGAAUAAAAAAUUUCUUAACUCUUUAACUCCCAGACUUUUAUUAGCAAGUCUCCUCAUUUUCUGCCAUUAUUUUCUUGUAAUGCUAGUGUGGAGAAUUUGGUAUUAGACCAACUAAUGAUACCCUAAUUCAUGUUUUUCUCUAUUUACAUCACUUGUCUGCUUGGUAUUGAAUUGAUAAAUACCAUUUUGGUCACUCUUAACCCUUUAACUCCCAUGAGUGAUCAAGACAGAAUUUCUCCUUACAAUAUCAAUACAAUAUCGACCAGAUAAGUGAUGAGAAUAAAGAAGAAUAUCAAUUUAGGGAUAAUUGGUUGAUCCAAUACCAAAUUCUCUGAACUAACAUUAUAAGAAUUCUAUCAUUGACAGUGAGGAGAAUUAGAAAUUUGAUCUGGGAGUUAAAGGGUUAAGAGUUAAAGAGAUAAGUGGUAAAAAACGCUCACUAACCCCUAACACUUUUCAUGUUGAAUAAUUAUGAAUGAAGUGCUUGAUUGAGUUCAUAAGGAUUGAAAUGUUGGAGGUGUUAGUCUGUGAUGCUUUCAAAAAUUGAUGAUAUGUAAUUUAACUCUCUAUUUUGCAGAGAUGGGAGCUUUUUAUUGACAGGAUCAGGGGAUAGAACAGCAAGAGUGUUCACAGUACAAACACCUGGAAGAUGACAAAAGUUAGCUUCAUCCCAGAGGAG